UCCUAUGAAGACAGGCUGAGAGAGUUGGGCUUAUUCAGCCUGGAGAAGAGAAGGCUCUGGGGAGACCUUACAGCAGCUUCGAGUGCCUAAAGGGGCCUACGAGAAAGCUGGAGAAGGACUUUUUGUAAAAGCAAAAAGUGACAGAACAAGGUGCAAUGGCUCUAAACUGAAAGAGGGUAGAUUUAAAUUAGAUAUUAGGAGGUAAUUCUUUACUGUGAGGGUGGUGCAGUGCUGUCACAGGUUGCCCAGAGAAGUUGUUCCUGCCCCAUUCCUGGAAGUGCUUAAGGCCAGGUUGGACGGGGCUUGGAGCAACCUGGUCUAGUGGAAAGUGUCCUUGCCUAUGGCAAGGGAGGUUGGAACAAGGUGAUCUUUCAGGUCCCUUCCAACCCAAACCAUACUAUUAUUCCAUGAUUCUAUGACCCUGGCUUGCUUUCAGUCCCCAGAAACCUCUCCUGUGUACUGUGACUUUUCCAAGGUGACUGAGAACGGUCUUGCAAUAACAUCAUGCAGCUGUGGGUUCAUCCAGUCAAGCAGCAUGUGUGUGUCCAGUUCCUAUUCAUCAAGGGUGCGCUUUCCUUGCUCCAGACUCAAUAGUGGUCUGGGGACCUGUGGUUGCUGAAGUCCGGUCUUACCACUAAAGACUGUUGUGAAGAAGCAUUGAGUACCUCAGCCUUUUCUGUGCCCUUUAUGUCUAAUUCCCCUGCCCCCUUUAGCAGUGGGAUCACAUUUUCCCUUGUCUUUCUUUUGCUGCUUAUAUACCUAUAGGUAUACUGCAGGUUUUAAUUUUGCUUUUCAUAUUUCUCACCAGAUUUAACCCCAGAUGAGUUUUGGCUUUCCUAGCCCUAUCUGUGUGUGCUAAAAUAGUUUCUCUAGGUUCUUCCAUGCUUCCACCUCUGGUAUGCUUCCUUUUUGCGUUUGACUUUUCUCAGGAGCUGCUUUUUCACGUAUGCGUACAUCCUUCCAUCUUUGCUUUAUUUCCUUUAUGUGGGGAUGGACCAUCCUUGAAAAUCUACCAGCUCUCUUGGACUCUCCUUCUCAUCAGGGCCGUAUCCCAUGGAAUUCUUCCAAACAAAACCUUGAAUUUAUCUGGAAAUGUGGAAACUUUGUUUUAUGCUUUUGUGGGGCUCAUUUUCAUACUGUUGCUGAAUAAAUUUUUGCAUAUCAGUUUUGUGUAAGUUGCACCAUGAAUGUGAAAUGGGAGAGGUGGGCUGGGGAUUAUUUUCCCUAGCAUCUAUUCAUCCAGACAUCUUUUGGCUUAGUGUCUGAAGCUGUCCCAAACAAUUCAAAAUAGAAAUUAGUUGCCUUGGGGGCUUAUUACUCCUACUAACAGAUAGUAUUUUCUACACAGGAAUCUUUCCAAAUUCUCUUCUGGUAUAAUGAUGUCAUUACUCUCCCUCUUCACUGUUGUCUUUUGGGGGAAAUGAAGAACAUCUGUCUCAUCCAGGCAAGAAUCCAGGCACAUUCUACAAUCCAGCACCUGCAAAUCCUCCAUGUAAUGGCAGUAGCCGAUAGUGGAGCUGGACAUAAUACGAGGUGUUCUGUGACUUUUCUGUGGAAGAACAUACACGUACAAGAUACAAAUGUAUUUAAGAUACCACUGUUUUGGCACCAUUGGAGGAUAGUUCUCUGUUCUCUUCCUAACUGAUUUUUAAUGCAGGUAAACAGGGCACACUGAAUGCAGCAGUCUGGGGAGCCCAUGUUUGCUGUGAUAAAAGAUGCACCAAAGAGUAGGUGUAUGAAUCUUAGACCAGAAGAAUUAGGUGGCAUGUCCUGACAAAGAGCACUAAUUCCUGUAUGGCUUUGUAUGUGAAAACACUGCCACCAGAAGAAACAAAGACACUUGAGGGCAGCAUCAUAAAAUCUUAAUCAAGUGAAAAUGGCCUUUAGCAAUCUGACAUCAAAGGCUGUGCUACUGUAUGAUGAAUGGAUUAAAGAUGCCGAUCCAAGGCUGGAAGGCUGGCCACUCAUGUCUUCACCUUUUCCAACAACCUUUAUCGUUGGAACCUACAUUUAUUUUGUCACUUCUUUGGGACCCAGAAUCAUGGAAAAUAAAAAACCUUUUGAACUGAGGCAGAUAAUGGUGUUUUAUAAUUUUAGUGUGGUAGCCCUCUCUCUGUAUAUGACUUACGAAUUUCUUAUGUCAGGCUGGGCCACAGGGUACUCGUUCCGGUGCGAUAUCGUUGACUACUCGAGGUCACCUACAGCUCUGAGAAUGGUACGAACUUGCUGGCUUUACUACUUUUCCAAGUUCAUUGAAUUAUUGGACACUAUUUUUUUUGUGCUGCGUAAGAAAAGCAACCAAGUUACAUUCCUGCAUGUCUUUCAUCAUUCCAUCAUGCCAUGGACCUGGUGGUUUGGAGUCAAAUUUGCUGCAGGUGGUUUGGGAACAUUUCAUGCACUGCUGAACUGUAUUGUCCAUGUUGUCAUGUACACUUACUAUGGAAUCUGUUCUUUGGGACCAGCGUAUUAUAAAUAUUUGUGGUGGAAAAAAUACAUGACCACUAUGCAACUUGUCCAGUUUAUUUUGAUUACGGGCCACAUUGGACAAAUCUACUUAAUGGAUGAUUGUCCAUACCAGUAUCCAAUUUUCAUGUUUAUUAUCUGGCUGUAUGGCUCUAUGUUUUUGGUCUUGUUUCUCCACUUCUGGUACCACGCUUACACAAAGGGAAAACGACUACCAAAGACAGCAAAAAAUGGGAUCGGCAAAGAUCAGUGAAACAAACUCUUGUCUGUAAAACCAAAAAAGUGUAUAUGUCAAAGUGGAAACUGCUUGACAAUCGAGAUGUUUAGGUGCACACACUACAUGGUGUAUAUUUUGUAUGUUUUCGUCCAAAACAGAAUUUGUAUUUUUACCAUAAGUUAUUUGGGAUUCAGAAUUUGAGGGAUGAGGAAAGCAGUGGGGAUCUCUGAUUAAAAGAAAAAAAAAAAAAAGGCAAUUUUGCAACAGCUUGUUCGUGUCUAUUCUGUAAGAAAUCAGUGGAUAGAUGAUCUCUAGAAGAUGCUUGAAAAUAGCAAUGUUCACUGGGAAAACUAAAAUGUGUUUGACGAGUACUGAGUACUUUGAACACUGAGAGAAAAAAAUUACUUCACCUUAAGUGUUGUGAGUUGCUGAGACUGUCAGCUGCAUUUUAUUAAAAGAGUGAAUCUUCACUAAGUAUCGUUUAUAGAAUCUCAAGCUUAUUAUUAAUAUAGUUAAUACAUAAACAUUGCUAUGUCUGUUUACAAAGUAUGUAACUUUAAAGAAAGGAUUGUAUGUUAAUCUGUCAAGGUAUGGCGUUUCAUUUGAAGAUCAUAGAUUUUUGGAUAUACUGUCUAAGGUAACUUAAUUCAUUUCAUGAUGUACUCUUGAAUAUAUUAUUCUAAAUGUUGGAAACCUAAUGAUUUGAAGAUUAUCUGAACUGUCUUAUAGUGUAAUGAUCAAAAAAAUCUUACUGACUUGUUUACCAAAGUAGCCUAAUGUACUUACUAAUCAAUGUAUCUAUGGAUAUAUUUUGAUAUUGGUAACUUAGGCUGUUUAGGCAGGAAAAUAAUCUUGUCAUUCAGUGGCCAAAAUCCUAGUUGUCAAGUAAGUUUAAAAAAAAAUUACUUUUGAUUGAAGCCUAAGUAUCACCUAGCACGAUUGUACUGUGUCUCCUUUCUUUCAUUUCCAUUAUCUAUUGAAAUACAUGCCUAGAAAGAUUUUCUGUUGGUGUUUUUUUUUUUUUGGUGGGGUUUUUUUUUUUUUUGUUAUUGUUUGAUUUUAACCACUCAAGGUUAAAGUUUCUCUAUUAAUAGCACCAGUUACGUUGCCCGGAACUAAGAAAAAAGAUACGUGCCAUUCUUUGAGCUGCUGAGAGUGGGGCAGGCAGUGAUGGCUGGGCACGACUCCAGUCUGUGUAGAAUUAACCAGUAUGUUGUUUUCCAUGCUUAAGCAGCUUGUUAGGGUCACACAUGUAUAGAAAUCAAAGGACCUAGCUAUUUGUAUGCAAGUUGCAUUUGUACUGUAUAAAUUUAUUAAGGAAUUGGUGCAUGCAACAGACCUGCAAAUGUGGAGUUAAGGAUGUUCAAUGUUAUCUUUAAAAGUACUGUUUUCUAUUAUGUUCACUAACAACAGAAAAGAAGCUUGCGAUAUUUGUUCUGUGCUUGUUCUAUCUGUGGGAUAUUCAAACACCCAAAAUUUUGGGUCAGGUUUUUAUUGCCUCUGUGUUGCACAAUUCCAAGAAGUAGGUUUUGUUACCUGGAUACUUUUUUGGGGAUACUGCCAUUUAUGGUGCACUGUUAAUGCUAAAAGGAUUUAAACUUUAUCUUGGACGUGAGUUGCAAAUGAUUUAUUGUGAGAUUAUAUACAAGUUGUCUGUAUAAAACAAAUAAAAAAAUAAUUUAUAUU